UUGACGCAACCAAACACCGGACCAUGGCGGGGUUUGGUAUGGGGUUCGGUAUCCUCGACGGGGAAGGCGGGGAAGCAUACGGCGAGGCUCCGAACAUGGACGUGCUGGUCAUUGACGACACUCUUCCUGCGGUGGAAAAGGUGACGCGGUAUGCGAGUGCUACGAUGGUUCUGCAUCGGAUGUUUGUGCUAAAGGCGCUGGACGAGCUUCUGGCGCCUGUGACUGGCGACGAGCUGCUGGAUACUGUGCUGCCUCUGCUGGCGCAGCUAGCUGACGAUGAGGAGCGGGUGGUGCGGGUGGCGCUGGCUGCGGCGCUGCCCGAGCUGGUCACGGCUGUGGUGCGGAUCCGCGGAGGCGACGGGCAGGUGAGCGACGGGGCGUACAAGGCGCUGAUGGAUGUUGUGCUGCCGAUGUACGAAAGCGUGGUGUCCGACGACGACGCCGAGGUGCGGAGCACGGGCAUCGGGGCGGCGGGGCGGCUCGCGCGGGUGCUUGCCGGGGCCGGGCUUGCGCGGGUUGUUGACGAGGUUGUUGUGCCGAUGGCGCUGGGUCUGACGUCUGACGACCAGCCCGAGUCUGUGCGGGUGGACGUGUGCGGACUGCUGGACGCGCUUGCGCCAAACGUGCCGCUUGCGACGGUGCACUCGAGCAUUGUGCCCGAGCUGACGCGGCUUGCGUCGGACCCGAUGUUCCGUGUGCGCAAGGCUGUGGCGCUCAACAUUACGCACAUCUGCGCCGACAUUGCGCUGCCUGCGCCGGUAGUGGAGACGAGCCUGCUGCCGGCAGAGGCGUCGUCGGCUGUUCUCGACCCGCUUGACGACAGCGACGCGGCAGACGGCAGCGGGAGUGGGCCGAGCAGGAGCGAGGGCGUCGGGACCGGCGAUGCGCCCGCGAGCGUGGCGGAGUCGCGGCGCGGAGCGAGCCCGCCGGGGAUGGUGGCAGACAUUGUGAGCUCGCUGCUGCACCUGUACGAGUCGCUUGCCAAGGACUCGAUCUGGGGCGUGCGCAAGGCAUGUGCCGAGUCGCUGGUUGCGCUUGCGACGGUGGUUGACGACGAGGUUCGAAGCAGUGUACUUGUGGCGCACUUUGAGUCGUUUGUCAACGACGUCUCGCGGUGGGUGCGGUCUGCGGCGUUUGAGGCGCUCGGCCCGUUCAUUGCGCGGUUCUCGGGAGCGAGCCUGCCGGGCAAGCUCCUAGAGUACUACAACGACAUGGCCAAGCCUGCAUACAUCAAGAGCAUCGACGCGGAGAUCACGACGCACUGCGCGUUCAACUUUCCGGCGGUGAUGCUGACGGUCGGCCGCGAGGGUGGCCGGCGCUCCGCCCGCUGUACCUCGGCCUUGCCAAGGACAUGCAGUGGAAGGUCCGGCGGACGCUGGCAUACUCGCUCCACGCCGUCGCCGCGAUUGUGGGGGCCGAGGCGACAGAGGCCGACUUGCUCCCGGUUUUUGACGCUUUUCUCAAGGAUCUGGACGAGGUCCGAGUCGGCGUCCUCGCCUCGAUUGCCGCCUUUCAGGCCGUGCUCUCGCCGCAGCGGCGUGCCGACUACCUGCCGGUCUACCUCGCGAUUCUGGACAACUCGGACAACUGGCGGUACCGCGAGGCCAUUGCGGCGCAGCUGACCGGCCUGGCCAAGCUCUUUGACGCGAGCAUCGUUGCCGAGCAUGUUGUCCCGCUCGUCUUGCGACUGAGCCAGGACUCGGUCUCGCACGUCCGCCACGUCGCCGUGGGCCAUGUCGGCCCGGUCCUCGCCCUCCUGCUCGGCGUCGACUCUGCGGCGGCGCCCGACGCUGCCUCGGCCGCCGCCGCCGACAACUUUAUCGCCGCCCUCCUCGAGCUCGCCGCCGCCGACUCGUUCCAGCGCCGACAGAUGUUCCUUCACGCCGUCGGCUCGGUCGCCAGCGCGCUGCCGGCCGACGUCGUCACCAAGCACUUUCUCAAGGCCGUCGUCACGCUGGCUAGUGACUCGGUGCCCAAUGUUCGUAUUCUGGUCUCCCACGCCGGUACCAAGCUCGCCAAGGCCUCGUCGUCGCACGCCAAGGUUCUCGUCCCAGCGCUCACCGCCCUCGCCGACGACCCUGACUAUGGGGUGAGUGAUGCCGCCGCCGCUGCGCUGCGCAAGCUAGAUGUUGAGGUUGAUGCAUCGUAAAGCCAAGAAAGAGCGUG